GGUGCAUGAUGAAGUAGAAGUCAUUUCUUCCAUUAUUUUAAAAUCCCAACAAGUGUACUUAAAGAUUAAGAAGCCUUACUCCAUCCAUUUCCAAUUGUCCAUACCAAAAGAAAAAUACAAAAUCUCCAUUAAUUUCAUUGCUUUUCCAAGUUGUUAACAAUGGAGGAUGAUUCAAACCAUUUCUCAAAACCAGAAACUCCCAACACCAUGAAAGCUGAAGCUGAAGCAGAAGAAAGAGACCCUGAAAGUAAUUCUUCUCUAAGUGAACCACUUUUGAAGAGAAACAGAACCCUUUCUAGCAAUCCAUUAGCCUUGGUUGGAGCCACUGUCUCCCAUAUUGAAAGCUUGGAUUAUGAGAUAAACGAGAAUGAUCUUUUCAAGCAUGAUUGGAGAAGCAGAUCCAAAGUUCAAGUCCUUCAAUACAUAUUCUUGAAAUGGACUCUAGCUUUCCUUGUUGGAUUGUUAACAGGUUUAAUUGCCACUCUUAUCAAUCUUGCUAUUGAAAACAUUGCUGGUUACAAGUUUCUUGCCAUUGUUGGUUUCAUCAAAGAGGAAAGGUAUUUAUCAGGGUUGGUGUUUUUCACUGGUGUGAAUUUUGUGUUGACCUUGGUUGCUGCAGUUUUGUGUGUGUGUUUUGCCCCAACUGCAGCUGGUCCUGGUAUCCCUGAAAUCAAGGCUUAUCUUAAUGGAGUUGACACUCCUGACAUGUUUGGUGCUACAACAUUACUUGUCAAGAUUGUUGGUAGCAUUGGAGCAGUUUCUGCUGGUCUAGAUCUUGGGAAAGAAGGGCCUUUAGUACACAUUGGGAGUUGCAUUGCUUCAUUACUGGGACAAGGAGGGCCUGAUAAUUACCGUCUUCAGUGGCGUUGGCUUCGUUACUUCAACAACGAUCGUGACCGUAGAGAUAUUAUCACCGCCGGUUGUUCCUCGGGUGUUUGUGCAGCUUUCCGUUCUCCAGUGGGAGGUGUUUUAUUUGCUCUCGAAGAGGUUGCGACAUGGUGGAGGAGUGCCCUUUUGUGGAGAACUUUCUUUAGUACAGCAGUUGUAGUGGUGGUGCUUAGAGCAUUCAUUCAAAUCUGCAACUCCGGGAAUUGCGGCCUUUUCGGGACCGGAGGGUUAAUCAUAUUCGAUGUUAGUGAUGUUAAAGUCAGCUACCAAGCUAUGGAUAUAAUCCCUGUGAUAAUCAUUGGAAUCAUUGGUGGACUUUUAGGAAGCUUGUAUAAUCAUCUUUUGCAUAAGAUCCUUCGGCUUUACAAUCUCAUUAACCAGAAAGGGAAGUUGCAUAAACUACUUCUAGCCCUCAGUGUGUCUCUCUUUACUUCGGUUUGCCAAUAUUGUCUCCCGUUUUUAGCCCAAUGCAAAGCUUGUGAUCCCUCUUUUCCGGAGGUUUGUCCUACGAAUGAUCGGUCUGGGAACUUCAAGCAGUUCAACUGUCCGGAUGGCUACUACAAUGAUCUAGCUACCCUUCUCUUAACAACGAAUGACGAUGCCGUUCGAAACAUUUUCUCGAGCAACACUCCUUCUGAAUUCCAAUAUACCUCAAUCUUGAUCUUUUUCACACUUUAUUGUAUCUUGGGACUCUUUACUUUCGGCAUUGCAGUUCCUUCGGGUCUCUUCCUCCCUAUCAUCCUAAUGGGCUCGGGUUACGGUCGACUUCUUAGUAUGCUUUUAGGAUCAUAUACGAACUUAGAUCAAGGGCUUUAUGCUGUCCUCGGUGCAGCCUCUUUGAUGGCUGGCUCGAUGAGGAUGACCGUAUCGGUUUGUGUGAUCUUCCUUGAGCUUACAAAUAACCUUCUUUUGUUACCGAUGACAAUGAUAGUCCUUCUCAUUGCGAAAACCGUCGGUGACAGUUUCAAUCCUAGCAUCUACGAGAUUAUACUUGAACUUAAAGGUCUUCCUUUCUUGGAUGCAAAUCCUGAACCGUGGAUGAGAAAUCUCACCGUUGGCGAACUCGCAAAUGCCAAGUCACCUGCGGUCACUCUUUCCGGGGUCGAGAAAGUGUCUCGGAUCGUCGAUGUACUGAAAAACACUACGCAUAACGCAUUCCCCAUUGUUGAUCAAGAUGUGCUGGUGCCAGGCACUGUGGUCACUGGUGCAACAGAAUUGCAUGGACUGAUCCUUAGAGCUCACUUGGUUCAAGCCUUGAAGAAAAAAUGGUUCCUAGCCGAGAAACGACGAACCGAGGAUUGGGAAGUUCAAGAGAAAUUCAACUGGGUCGAAUUAUCCGAAAGGGAACUAAAGAUCGAACAGGUUGCCGUGACACAUGACGAAAUGGAAAUGUAUAUGGAUUUGCAUCCCCUCACCAACACGACACCUUACACAGUAGUGGAAAGCAUGUCAGUGGCUAAAGCCAUGGUUUUAUUCAGGCAAGUCGGACUCCGGCAUAUGCUUAUCGUGCCAAAAUAUCAAGGAGCAGGGGUGCCUGCUGUAGUUGGGAUCUUGACAAGGCAAGACUUGAGGGCAUACAACAUUUCGACUGUUUUUCCUCAUUUGGCAACGCACAAAGAGCAGCAAAAACAUAAAUAAUUAAUAAAUGAUAUCAUUAUGAAACAGAAAAAAAUUAGUAAUAGCAGGUUUUAUGGAAUUUGAGCCA